UCAUUAAAAAAAUCUGCCGUUAAAACAUAUCAGAAUUAGGUCAGCGGAGUAAAACAGCGCCGACCGACGCGGCUCACUAUCGGUGUGCGUUCGCUGGUUUGACCGCAACAAAGACGCCGGCCCCGGUGUGAAUUAAGCAGCACAGCCGGGGAGAAGACACGGAGAUGAGCGGUGCUUGUAGCCUCUGCAGACGGGAGCUGCUGUAGCCGCUGGACCGGUCCGUCUGUCCGCCUCCCUCCCUCCCUCCGCCGCCACUCGGUUCUGGGAAACCUGCGAGCCCGAGUAGCGUGAGCGCCUCUGUUCGACCCGGCCACGGCGGGGCUGUGGAGGCUUAGCCCCGGGGACCGAGACGGGAGAUACGCCGACACACGGCAGCGACCAGGACCCAGGAAAUUAACUCCUCGCCUCGUCUAGACAGCCCGGCAGCAGCACCAUGCACAUCCCACUAGUUCAAGAUAAACAAUUUCAUGAGUCUAGCGUGUGAACACAACCACCAUGUGACCCUCAACACUUGAGCCAAGGAUCUUCUUUACACUGAGUAGAAGUAAAUAGGCAUUUGUUUCCCGAUGUCGAGCCGGAGGAAAUCAACCACACCUUGCAUGGUGCUGCCCUCUGAUGUGGUGGAACAGGAAGAGGUGGAGGAGAAAACUCAGAGGACCGAGGAGGAAGAGGUGACAGAGGAGGAGGUGGAGGGGAAGGUGAAGAAGGUAGCAGAGGAGGGGCCGACUGCAGAGGAGCUGGGUCAGGCUGUUGUGGUCGUCCCCACACCACCAGAAAUAGAUGAGCCCAGUGUCUCUACUGUAGAGGACAUUGAGGUACUUGAUCCCUCACUGAAACGCAGCGCUACAAACCCUCCCGAGGAUCCGAGCAGUGAUCAGCCGACAGAGGAGCAACAGUGUGAGACGCCCGAGGAGGGAGGAGCAGACCCUGUGUCGGUCGCUGCCAUUUCUGUCAGUAAGACACCCAUCAUGAGGUUGAAGACCAAGUCCGAACCCAAGAGGAUCGCUGUGUCCCUGAAAUCGGCGGAGGAGGCAGCGGACGGCUUUGGGGGAGGCGGUGAAGGAGAGGUGGGAGGAGAGCAGGAGCCCAUUGAAGCUCCUCUGGGGCCGAUGACGCCUGUGGAGAUGCUGCUGCAUGACUCCAUGAAGCUCGGAGGAGGUGGCAUGCUUCUCAGCCCGCCAUCAGAGCAGCAUAGGAAAUCAUCCAUUUUAAACCCUACAGUUCUGCCUGCUGGCCUGGCACAGGUGCUGUCAGCUUUCCAGGCCCAGCAGAGUGCAGUAGCGGCAGCUGCGGCUCAGCCUCAGCUCCUGAUUCCCCUCAGCAGCAUCCCAUCCUACAGCGCAGCCAUGGACACCAACCCUCUGCUGGGCAGCACAUACAAGAGGUUUCCUUACCCCUCAAUGGCCGAGAUCAGCAGCCUGGCAGCACAGACGCAGUUCACAGAGGAGCAGAUCAAGGUGUGGUUUUCUGCUCAGCGGUUGAAGCACGGUGUCAGUUGGACUCCUGAGGAGGUGGAGGAGGCCAGAAGGAAACAGUUUAACGGCACAGUGCACACGGUUCCUCAGACCAUCACUGUCAUACCCGCUCACCAGCUCUCAGCUGCUGCCAACGGCCUGCAGUCCAUUCUUCAGACCUGCCAGAUAGUGGGCCAGCCCGGCCUGGUGUUCACACAGGUCGGUCCAGGGGGGAGCCUUCCAGUGACCAGUCCAAUUACGCUGACAGUAGCAGGACUGCCCAGCCAGUCCCAGAGCUCCAGCAGAGUGUCCUGCCAGCCCACCUCAACAAACAAUGAGCUGAAACGAGCCACCACUGUCCAACCUCCCUCUCUUUCUCCACAGGAGAACUCGGCCCUCUGCGCUGACACAUUCAGUAUGCGGCCUAAGAAGUCCAAAGAGCAGCUGGCGGAGCUGAAAGCCAGCUACCUGAAAAACCACUUUGUCACUGAUGCUGAAAUCGCCAGGCUCAUGAAGCUCACCAACCUGACAAAGGGAGAGAUCAAGAAGUGGUUCAGCGACACCCGGUACAACCAGCGCAACUCCAAGAACAGCCACGUCAUAGUUUUCCACGACGGAGGGGGCAGAGGAGGUGGCAGUUGCAGUAGCAGUGCCACCAUUGUUAUUGACUCGAGUGAUGAUAACCCCGCUUCUCCCCACCCUCCCAUCACACCUCCUGUGAAGGAGAAGGAGUCACGACCCAAAACGUGGAACCCAUUCCCAGACUUUACCCUGCAGAAGUUUAAAGAGAAGACACCAGAGCAGCUGGUGGUGCUGGAGGAGAGCUUUGAGAAGAGCAGCAACCCAUCAGAUGAAGAACUGAGCCGCCUGAGGACAGAGACGAAACUGACGAGGAGGGAGAUCGACGCUUGGUUCACUGAGAGACGAAAAAUGCCAUCCGUCAGCACCUCCUCUCCAGAUUCUUCAGAAGGAGGGAAGAUGGAGACGGAUGGAGCAAAAGCAGGGGAAAGAGGAGGAACGGGAGGAGCAACCUCUUCUUCACCUUCCGCCUACUCAUCUCGUAAAGGUAGUCAAACGCCACCUGGAGGUCGCAGUAGGAAUCUGCCCUCCACCAGCAGCAACAAGAAAGACAUAAAAGAUAAGAGUAAAAAGACGCCAGAGCAGCUCCACAUUCUGAAAAGUGCCUUUGUGCGGACCCAGUGGCCCACACCAGAGGAGUACGGCCAGCUCGCAGAAGAGAGCGGCCUUCCUCGGUCUUACAUCGUCAGCUGGUUCGGGGACUCUCGCUACUCCUGGAAGAACGGAAACCUGAAAUGGUUCUUUCAGUACCAAAGUGGAAACGUAGAGGGAGCGAGCAUGGGAGGAGGCACUAAAAUGGGAAGCAGCGGCGGCAGAAAAAGACGCGGCCGAAACCGUGGGUGGGGUCGUUCCCGAACCAGGAAGCAGCCGAGAAGGUCCGCCUCCUCCAGUGCAGAUACUGAUAGAUCUCCCCCUGCGAAGAAAUUCAAGAGUGGGAGGGAGAUCCUGAGGGAGUACUACCUGAAGCACCACUUCCUCAACGAGCAGGACCUGGAUGAGCUUGUCACCAAGACCAACAUGAGCUAUGAACAGGUGAGGGAGUGGUUUGCUGAGGUCCAGCGGCGCUUGGACGUAGGCGCAGAUCCUUUCCAGGAACCGGCUGCGGAGAGGGCGGACAGAGACGAAGGAGGAGAGGAGGAGGCGCGGGGAGAGGCGUCAGCGGCCCCCGAGGACCAGACCGGCACUGGGAUGGGAGAUGAAGAUGAUGAGGAAGAAGAUGAGGAGGAUGAUGCCGACGACACGGAUGACAGUGAGGUUUGGGAACCAUCGCGUAGCGUCAGGAAAUCCUUGUCAGUUUCUGAAGACUAAUGAUUGUGGAAAGUGAUGGUGAAACAUUACAGAAUGUUACAAGAGACACGAUCAAUGCUGGAGGACAGUUAGCUGAACCAAGUCUUUUUUUGCCACUGAUUUCCCUGUGUACACAUUAGCAACAUUGAUGAACUGUUUUUUCUUAAUCAUGUCUACAUGCGACUAACAGAUGGACCAUAACUUUAGCUCACCCUCUCAACACUUCUCUUAUUAACUGUAGGUGAUGUGUCACAGCUUAGACAAUAAUUGUGAAUACGAAUACCAUGAAGUGCAAUCUUCAAGCUGAGCUAAAGAUUAGAACUGAUGGGAUGAAGCAGUUGCCCAAAAAAGAUGGUAUAUCCAGGGCCAGGCACAUCCAUACACCUUUCUUCAGAAGCAAUUGAUGAAUACUGACUGUUGUUAAUUCAUUAUUUUUGGAAGAACUGUCAGUUCCAAUGUCCAGCAUGCUCUAAUUUAAAUUUCCACUCCUUCGUUGCUUAAAUGAAGCCAAUAAGGGAGGUUUUAUUUUUCACAUUUAUGCUGCAUUUCCCUAAGAAGUAGUGUGGGAUGCUGUUGUGAGCACAGGCCUAAAUUCAAACUUCAAUCCCCAGCAUUAUGAAUGUUUUACCCAUGGUCCCAAACUAACUGCACGCUGAAAAAAAACGUCUGCUAUUUUUACAAAGGUGCUUAAAAACCUAUCACUACUAGAUGUCACUGCUGAGCAAUCUCCCUAAUAAAUCCAGCAUACAUCUAAUAGAGGAGCUGGUUGAUUUGACAUGUUACAGCAUGUUUUUUUUUUUUUUAAAAGCUCCUGUGAAGAUAGACCAGGAUGUGUGAGUUAAAUAUUGGAUUGAUAAUGACAGUGUAAAUCAGGUAUGUCACCUUUCUGAGCUAAAGGUCUAAAUGACAGGAAAAGUACCUUAACGCUGAAUGAAUGCCAACGCCAUGAUGCUUUUAAAUAACGCAGGAUGUCUGCUCCAGUCUUCCCUUAAAAGUGGCUCAUUUGUCAUUAAUAUUAUCGCUAUAGAUUUUUAACUGAGCACCUACAGAUCUGAUGGAGAAAUUCCACAGUAUGUGUUAAAUAUGCACUGCUAUUAAUGUUUUUUAACAACAUUUUCACCUUUUGAUAGAACUCAUCCCGUGCUACGAUCAAUCUUUCUGAGGAGGUUGUGUAAAUUCAGAUAGCACGAGGCUUUUGUGCCAAAGCUGAAUGUGCGGAGCAGUGAGCUACAGUUUGAAGCAGAGGCACCGUUUGUCAACUAAACGAUGAGGCAGACAUCUUUGUCCAGUGACAUAAAAACAGAACUAUCCUUGCCGCAGCAUUUCGUUUGCUUGUGGUCGGAUUCUGAUGAAUUAAUGGGAUGGACUGAUUUUUUUUAUUUUAUUGGGGGAUGCAUGUAAAUACAAGCACCAGCUGCAGCUCCAGUGUGAAUUGAAAGUAAAUCAAUGCGCAUGUUUUCCCCGUGACAAGAUUGCUAUCUCCACCAAAUCACCGACUUUUUGCCUUUAGGUUUGGGCUCAUGUUUAAAAUGAGGCCUGAGAAUUAUUGUUAGUCCUGACCCGUACUUCAAGAAGCACUGUUUCACAGUAUUUUAAAUAAUAAUCAGACUCCAAUCUGCACUGAACAGAAGAACAUGAAGCACCUAAACUAAACUUUUUAAAAGAUGCACUUUGUCCGCUUGUGUUCACAGUGGACUAAAUCCUGAUUAGGCACCUUAAUCUCUUAUUACACCAUGAAAUGGCUCUGAGAGACCAAAUCUCUUUUGUAUGAACUGAACCAGUAUUUUGCCUUUUUUAUCCUUAGUGUGUUUUCAAGGGGAGGAAUAUUAUCAAUUUGUCAACUUUUAUAAUAAUAUGUGUUAUUUCAUAUUUGGAUGUUCAUACGGCUCAAAAGAAUUGUCGAACAAUCACCUACCACUUUGUUUCGCUAAAUUGCACAAUUUGAGCCCAGUUUUUAACCAUCUGUCCUUUUGAAAAUGUGCGUGUGUUACAUUUGUUGUUAUGUUUGUAUUGUUGGCUUUAAAUUAUGGAAAUUGUCUCCUAUCUGUCCUUCUCUGCUCUCACAUGCCCCUGUCUGAUUGAACCACUUUCAUCCAGGCCACUUUUGUAAAAUAAAUGCCUAGUUUUCAUGUGCACUUCCCGAAACAUGUUCCUGUAAAUGUUGGCAGUGUCCUGUUGGUUUCCUGUCUCUGAAAUGACAGGGCUGUAGGGACGACUGCACAAGACUGAAACCAGUCAGAAAAUUCAAAAAAGGACUUUACUUGGAAAAUGUAAUUUCCCUCAUGGAGGGAAUCGUGAUACCUGAAGGAACAGCACAGCAUUCCCUCUGUGGUGGGAAGUCUACCAAAUAACGCUCCUCUUUCCAGCUGUUUUCUUUGUGCUUUACUGCAUCAAGAGGACAAUGGACUGAAAACUGUCUCACCUACAGUUCUUCACACACAGGGGAGAGACUCUGAUGAAGCUUUGCAGAUAAACCUAUGUGCCUACACGGCUCGUAUACUUGUUUGAACACAAUUUCACCAACUCUCGACAAAAGAUGACAAAAGAAUGAGUGAAUUUGUCAACCAGUGAGUGACUCUUUAGCGAGGCUUGUUCAAACGAAGGUGUGAUGCAUGAUCGAGCUCUGCUUUCUGCUGAUGCUAAAAGAUGCCUAAAUACUCUGAAGUUGACAUUGGAAACUUCUGUUUUAAGUCCUUAAACAAAUAACCUUGGUGUUUUGAAUUCUAUUUCACUAAGCACUUGUCACAUACUACCCGUUGGUUCCUUCAGCUCAUUUAAAUGCAUUUUAAUGAGUCUCUAUGAAACCAAUGGUGGCUCUUAGCUGUGAGCUAUAGUUUGAGUAUUGCAACUGGAGGGGAGCUGAAACUGCUUUGCUGUAAUGUGACAAGUGCAAGUAACAAAUAACAGAUUCAAAAUGUCAAGGCCGACCUAUUGUCUAAUACUGCAUGCAAUAACUAAGACGAACAACUGCUCCUUUUGUACAUACAUUAUUUUGGGUUGGUAUACUUGGCACAGUAGAAGCCUAAUCUAGGAUUACACAUUGCGUAGCUUUUAAGAGACCAGUUACUUUUUAAGAAUUAGUUGAUCAGUACAAUCACGGACCUGUUUUUUUCUCUUUUAGAAAUAUUUUUUAAACUGUUUUGAUCAUCUAAGCUUUGCUUGGGAUUUUGUAGUCUCUGCAAUUUUUGGCCCAUUUUGAACCGUUUGAAUCUUUGUACUUUGUGUGCUAAUUUUGUACACAUGCUACAAAAGGGCUUGUCCCAGAUUAACUUCUUUUAUUUCUGAGGUUAGGCUUAAUUCUGUAUCCAGGUAUCCAGCCCACAGUCUUUUACAGUGUGCUCUUUCUUGACUAUAAUUUUUUAUCUAAAGAAACUGUGUCAUUACAACUCUGUCCAGACACCAGUGGAUUGCUUGUUAACUGACUCAUACAAUACGUACAGCAGACUAGUGUAUUUGAAAUAGAAUCUGUUUUAGAGUUCAACCAGUGUUGCCCGAGUGGCUUUUUGGCACUUUGGUUCCAAAAAAUAUAAAAUCACAACUCAAAAGAAAAGACACGCUCCUAAAAGAAUUGCAUAGAUUGCAUUUUUUGUUUUUGCUCAUGGGAAUGUUUUUAUUUGCUUGCUAAUAUGUCAACAUUUUUAAAUCAAGAUACAUUACAUAUGGCAAAAAACUAUUAAAAAUGUCAAGCAACUCUUUGCUUUGAGAGACACGCCACAUAAAGUCCAGCUAACUCCUAAAAAACGACCCUGACAUAUUUAUGUCAUUGGGGUCAUCUCAGUUUGUCUCGAAACAAGAGCAAGUCUAAUAAAAGACUUAGGAUCCAUGUAGGAUCCAGUGAUUUUGGACCUUGUUGCAGACUAGAUUGAAAGUCUGGACAUCUCAGUUUCUGCUGCCCAGAUUUGAACCAUUCUUUCUGAAACCAGUGUCUCUCAAUUAGCUGAACUUUAUGGAAGGAGUGUCCCUUUAAUCACUUAGUGUUUUGUAACAAUACUGUAACAUGACAGUUAAUAACAUGAUGAUAUGAUGUUAAUGAGAAGAGUAUUAUUAAAGUAAUACUUAUAGUCAAGAAUUUGUUUUCAAAUAUUUCCCCCAGUUCCAUUGAGGUGUCUUUUCUCUGAGUUGUGAUUUUAUAUCCGUCUCUCUUCAUGUAUCCCAGUAAUACUUGUGCAGUAGAGCUACGAGCUUAUAUUGUGAUCGGAGUAGUUUACCUGCUGUCCUAUUAUACUCAUGUCAUAUCUGUAUCCUUCGCUAUACUACUGCUUCGUCCUCACUCGUUUUCUGUAUUUAGACAAAUAGUUGGUUGAAUGUUUCUUAUGCAAUCAGAGAUUCAAAUGUUUUCACUAUAUAGCAGCUAGCUUUUUGGUAAAAGAAAAUGC